CUCACCCACUAUACAAUAUGCAUUCUCUCUCUAUGUGUAUAUCUAAUUAUAUAAUGCAGCAACAGAAACAAACAUCUCUUAAUUUGAUCUCUCCAAAUCUCAGUUGCCUUUCACCUUCUAAAAGAUGGGUCUCUCUGUUGUGCAAGGCUUUACUAAGUCGUUGGCAAUGACGGUGCUAUCAGAAAUUGGAGACAAGACCUUUUUUGCAGCUGCUAUAUUGGCAAUGCGUCAUCCGAGAAGGCAUGUGCUGUCAGGUUGCCUUGGAGCUUUAAUAGUAAUGACCAUACUGUCAGCUGUUGUGGGCUGGGCUGCUCCCAAUCUGCUUUCGCGCAAGUGGACUCAUCACAUCACAACAAUGCUGUUUCUUGGUUUUGGCCUGCGGUCGCUGUGGGAUGCAUUUAACGACGUGGAGGCUGAAGAUUUGGCUGUAGUUGAGAAGGAACUGAAUGCUGAUUUUAGAUGUAACAGUACAGAAGCCAAAGAGAGUUAUAAGGAUGAUGAUGAUGACCUAAAAAAGAAGGGUCGGCCUUUCCUUACUCAAUUCUUCUCUCCGAUCUCACUGAAGGCCUUUACCAUAACUUUCUUUGGGGAAUGGGGGGAUAAGAGUCAGCUUGCUACAAUAGGCUUGGCUGCUGAAGAGAAUCCUCUUGGUGUAGUUCUUGGUGGAAUCCUUGGACAAGCUUUGUGUACCGCGGCUGCUGUCCUCGGAGGGAAGAGUCUGGCAACUCAGAUAUCAGAGAAAAUAGUUGCACUCUCUGGAGGUAUUCUUUUCAUCAUUUUUGGUAUUCAAUCCUUGCUUUCAACGGUUGAGUCGUUGUAAGCUAUUGAAACUGAAGACCUCACAUUCCUAAACAAUAGAUGAAAUUAGAGGCUUAUGAUCUGUUACUCCAAUUUAUAUCAUCAACUAUAGCAGUGUGCCUAUAUGUAGUAUUGUUAUGGUGACGAGCUUAAUCUCAGACUUAAAAUAGUUUUGUUUUGUU